AUGUUUUAUACUGCGCUGUUCGUAAAUGUUCUGAUAUACCACAGUCUGUGGCGGAACCUCCUCCGGCAUCUAUUCAACAAGACAUCCUACUCCAUAGGCUAG